UAACUCUGUGCUGUCUCCUCCCUCAGUGAGGCUAGACCGGCUGUCAGAGGCAGCCAAGGUGAACACAGAUGCCAUGCGCUCAGCACAGGAGGAGAUCAGUGAGUACCGGCGCCAGUUGCAGGCCAGGACCACAGAGCUGGAGGCACUCAAAAGCACCAAGGACUCGCUGGAGAGGCAGCGCUCAGAGCUGGAGGACCGUCAUCAAACCGACAUCGCCUCCUACCAGGACGCUAUCCAGCAGCUGGACACUGAGCUGAGGAACACCAAGUGGGAGAUGGCAGCCCAGCUCCGCGAGUAUCAGGACUUGCUCAAUGUCAAGAUGGCUCUGGAUAUUGAGAUUGCCGCUUACAGAAAACUCCUGGAGGGUGAAGAGUGUCGGAUUGGCUUUGGCCCGAGUCCCUUCUCCCUUCCAGAGGGACUCCCUAAAAUGCCUUCCACGGCCACUCACAUAAAGGUCAAAAGCGAAGAGAAGAUCAGGGUGGUAGAAAAGUCAGAGAAGGAAACCGUGAUCGUGGAGGAACAGACAGAGGAGAUACAAGUGACCGAAGAAGUGACUGAGGAAGAGGAGAAAGAGACCAAAGAGGAGGAGGGCGAGGAGGAGGAACAGGGAGAGGAGGAGGAAGCAGAGGGGGGAGAAGAAGCAACAAAGUCUCCCCCAGAAGAAGAGGCUGCAUCCCCGGAGAAGGACGCCAAGUCUCCAGAGCAGGAAGAGGCCACGUCACCAGCCAAGACCCCCAUGAAAGAAGAAGCAAAAUCGCCAGCUGAGGUGAAGUCCCCUGAGCAGGCCAAGUCCCCAGUGAAGGAAGACGCUAAGUCCCCAGCAAAGGAGGAAGCCAAGUCCCCAACUAAGGUCAAGUCCCCAGAGAAGGCCAAGUCCCCAGUGAAGGAAGAAGCAAAAUCGCCAUCUGAGGUCAAAUCCCCUGAAAAGGCCAGGUCUCCGACGAAGGAAGAAGCUAAGUCCCCCGAGAAGGCCAAGACCCUUGAUGUGAAGUCCCCAGGAGCCAAGACCCCAGUGAAGGAGGAAGUCAGGUCCCCCGCAGACAUCAAAUCACCCGUAAAGCCCAAAAGUCCUAGCAAGGAGGAGGCCAAGGCCCCGGAGAAGGUCAAGUCUCCCGUGAAGGAGGAGGCCAAGGCCCCGGAGAAGGUCUCAAAGAAGGAAGAGGCGAAGUCCCCCAUGAAGGAAGACGAGAAACCCCAGGAGGUGAAAGUCAAAGAGCCACCAAAGAAGGGAGAGGAAGAGAAAGCUCCAGCCACACCCAAAACCGAGAAGGAUAGCAAGAAAGACGAGGUGCCCCAGAAGGAGGCUCCCAAGCCCGAGGUCCAGGAGAAGCCCAAAGAAUCCGUAGCUGAAGCCAAGAAGCAAGAGGCUGAGGGUAAGAAAAAGGCAGCGACUCCGGAGAAGGAGGCUCCUGCCAAGGAGAAGGAAGAGGCGAAAGCCAAAGAGAAGACCGAGGUGGACAAGAAGGAACCAGGUGAUGCCAAGGCCAAAGGACCCAGCCAAGCAGCGGAGAAGGGGCCAGAAAAGCCAAAGAAGGAAGAGACGUUGGCAGCACCUGAGAAAAAAGAUGCCAAGGAGGAGAAGGCCACAGAGGCCAAGAAGCCGGAGGAGAAACCCAAACCGGAGGCCCGAGCCAAGGAAGAGCCCGGCAAGGAGGCCCCCGCCCCCAGCAAAGCCAAGACGGAAAAGGCUGAAAAGUCCUCUAGCACAGACCAGAAGGACAGCAGGCCUCCUGAGAAGGCCACAGGAGACAAGGCCGCCCAGGGGGAGAAGUAAAGAGGGAGGCAGGAACAUCCGGAGCAUCCAAAGAAACUCAGGAGGGUCUGGGAGUUCGAGGGUCGGCAUAAUCAAUUUUCAUUUUUUUCUCCCUUCUCUUUAUAGAAGAAGAAACUCUGCUUAACUGGUGGGGCUCUCCCUCACCAAACAAGACGUUGUUAGCAAUACGUUACCAAGGAAGGGCACUCCCCACCCUGCCCCCCCGUACCCCGAACCCGCUCAGGCGAUGGACCAUUAUGUUAUGAUAGCUUAUGUAGCGGAAUGUGAUGUAUGCCGAAUGCCACACUAAACACUUGACUGUAAAAACUGCCCCCCUCCUUUCCAAAUAAGUGCAUUUAUUUCCUGUAUGUGCAACUGGCAGGUGACCGCAAUAAUGAACGAGCAGUUAGAAACACAUUACGCUUGAGAUGUCUUAACCUAUUCCCAAAUGCCUUCUGUUUUCCAAAGGAGUGGUCAGGCCCUUGCCCAGAGCUCGCUCCCCUGGAAGAGCCGGAGUGGGUGGGGCUGGGCACUGAGCCAUGCCAGGGCGCACUUUUCCACCGGAGACCACUUUCAAUUGCUUCCGUGCAAUAAAAACAAGUGCUUAUGAAAUGAAAA